AUUCCCAAUUUCCAUAUCCCCCAACUGAAUAAACUAAAAGUCUUGAUUCUCCAGAAGCUUCCUCAGUCAACUCAGAUCUCUUCUUCACUUUGGUCUCCGUGCAUAAAUUUUGACUCACAAUUCCUUCUUCAAUUCAGGGAUUUCAGGUUAAUUUUGCAUCUUAGUUUGGGUAGAAAGGGGUAGUUAUAAUUUAAAGAUGGAAGGAGGUGGUGUGGUGUCAUCAGAGAAGCAGAACGCUGAAUCAAAUGCAGGGUCGUCUUAUACAUAUUGGGUUAGAGAGACUAAACAAGAUGCCGCACCACUUCCUGUUCCUCGUAAGCUAACCGCUGAGGAUAUUUCAAUUGGUUCAAAUUCUUCUAACCAUCUUGGGUCUGCUUGGAAUAAGGCUGGAACAUGGGAGGAGAAGAACUUAAAUAAAUGGGCAACUGAAAGAAUCAAGGAGUUACUUUCAUCUGUGGGUUCUCUGGAGUUCUCUUCUGGGAAGGCAGAAGUUGCAGAAGUAUCGAGAUGCACAGGAGACGCGUUUUUGGUGACCGUAAGGAACAAGAAGCGCGUUGGGUACACAUAUGAAUUAACAUUGAAAGUCACAGGGGAAUGGCUUGUCGGAGAAGAUAAGAAAACAUUUAAAGGAAAUUUGGAUAUAGCAGAAUUCUCAUUUGGUGAACUGGAUGACUUGCAGGUUGAAGUGAGGCUGAAUGAGGAGAAGGAUCUUGUUCAUCAAGAUAAACACCAAAUACGCCAAGAUAUGAAGAUGUUUCUGAAGCCCAUUCGUGAGAAACUACUCGAGUUUGAGGCUGAACUUAAGGAAAGGUAGAAAAGCCCCUUUUCACCCAUUCUACUUACCGCCUUAUGUUUUUAUGAUUUUAAAACACAGAAAGAAUAUGUAAGGGACAAUAACUUUCUGAAAAACAUGUAAUGCCACUAUCUGCUUAGAGAACUUCAUUUGCAAGACAUAUGAAUACCUGUAGGUUGUGGUGAUGUUUGGUCUUUAAACUUUGUAACCUUAGACUUUAAAGAUUUGAGUGGUUGUCGUUCUUUCCUUGAAA